UAAAUGUCUCCCUUGUGAUACAGGGAUCCUACUUCCCGGUAUAUCAUCCUGUGCCUUGGGCAUAAAGAAGCUCAAGUCCAAAGUCUUUAUUGUACUCAUGGUGACCUCUCUGCACGUCACCAGGGCUGUCUGGUCUGUGAGAUGCCAUUAGACAUCAUUUAGGGGGGUUUUCAAAUCUGGCUUCUUGCAGAGAUGCUGUGGGAUUGUGUAGGAAACUUCCUGAGUGGCUGGUAUAACUCUGAGGCUUUGAGUCUUAUUUUUAAUAACAUGCAAAGGUUGUCAGCACCUGGGCAGAGGCAGGUAAGAUGCCAAUCCUGCCAAACUCUUUCAGGGAGGCAGGGGGCUGUCCCGCCUCUCUGAGAGCCAGCUGUCAUCUGCUGCUCUCUUGUCACACUGACAGGGCUCCUUGGCUGGGCUGAUUGGUCGCUGGCAAUAACUGAUAUGGAAUACUGAUAUUCUCGCCGGCAGUUCCUCACACUCCCAAGAGGUUGCUUUCCACCUCUCUUCUCACCUUCCAGACCCCAGCCAGGCGCCCAGCCUCCCCUCACCACGCAGCCCCUGCCCCUGCCCCCAGGGGGAGGAGAGCCCUGGGCGUGAUGCUCUGAAAUCCACCGGGCUGCUAGCGAUCAAGCUCGCUCUCUGGGAGAGUCCUGUUCCCGACUUCUCAGGCUUUUCACAGCACAAACAACUGCAUGCGGGCCCGAGGGGAGGUUGCGAAGGACUUGUGUGUGUUGGUUUUAUCGUCUUUCAUCACUUUGUUGGCUUCAUCAUCCCGUGCCCGGAGCUCCGAGGUGGAUUUCUUUCCGCCUAAGACACCGAGGAAGGCUCCCUGCUCCUUCUGUUGACUCUUUCUAUUUUUAUGCGGCAGCCAGGGAAAUGAGUGCGAGGCGGUAAACUGCAGCAAUGUGCGGGGAAUCCGUGGAGGGUGACUGACAAAUUUGGGCAAGAUGAAUGCUCGGCGUGCUGAGGUGCACUCUCUGAGAAUCCGGAGGGGCCGGGCCGAUCGGCCCACCUAGCGAACUCUUCCAUCAUCUUCCGCGGAGAAGCACGAGCACGCGUUUAAGUUUAUCUAUUCAUGGGGCUGAAAAGCGUUUGCAAAUCCAUCAACGCCGAAGUGUGGCAAGCCGCCCAGGGUCGCGUCGUCGCCUGCCCGUGGUCAGGCAUUCCUCACUCCCACCAGGCAGAAGGUCAAUAAAAAUGGAGGCAAGCUCUUCUGGAAUCACAAAUGGGAAAACCAAAGUCUUCCACCCAGAAGGAGGUGUGGAUUUGCAAGGCUACCAGCUGGAUAUGCAAAUACUACCUGACGGCCCAAAGAGUGAUGUGGACUUUUCAGAGAUUCUUAAUGCAAUACAAGAAAUGGCCAAGGAUGUCAAUAUUCUUUUUGAUGAAUUAGAAGCUGUCAACAGCCCUUGCAAAGAUGACGAUUCUCUCCUUCACCCUGGAAACCUGACCAGUACUUCAGAUGAUGCUAGCAGAUUGGAAGCAGGGGGAGAGACAAUACCAGAAAAAAACAAAUCAAAUGGACUUUACUUCAGAGACGGAAAGUGUCGAAUUGACUACAUUCUUGUGUACAGAAAAUCCAACCCCCAGACAGAAAAGAGAGAGGUGUUUGAAAGAAACAUUAGAGCAGAAGGAUUACAAAUGGAGAAAGAGUCCUCUCUAAUAAAUAGUGACAUUAUCUUUGUGAAGUUGCAUGCCCCAUGGGAAGUGCUUGGAAGAUAUGCAGAACAAAUGAAUGUAAGAAUGCCUUUCAGGAGAAAAAUCUAUUACCUGCCCCGCCGGUACAAGUUCAUGAGCAGGAUCGAUAAACAAAUAAGCAGGUUUCGGAGAUGGUUACCUAAGAAGCCAAUGAGGCUGGACAAGGAGACACUGCCAGACCUGGAGGAGAAUGACUGCUACACUGCCCCUUUCAGCCAGCAAAGGAUCCAUCACUUCAUCAUACACAAUAAAGACACUUUCUUCAACAAUGCCACAAGAAGUAGAAUUGUACAUCAUAUUUUACAGAGAAUAAAGUAUGAAGAAGGAAAAAACAAAAUCGGUCUGAAUCGUCUGCUUACUAAUGGCUCCUAUGAAGCUGCAUUUCCACUGCACGAGGCUUGUCCAUUUUCCUCUAGGAAAGGACUUCACAAGGGAAGUUACAGAAGUAAAAACUCCAUUAGAACCCAUGGAGCGGUCAACCACAGACAUCUGCUCUACGAGUGCUGGGCCUCCUGGGGUGUGUGGUAUAAAUACCAGCCUUUGGAUCUUGUCAGGCGGUACUUUGGAGAGAAGAUUGGGUUGUACUUCGCCUGGCUGGGCUGGUACACCGGCAUGCUCUUCCCAGCUGCCUUCAUUGGACUAUUUGUCUUUUUGUACGGAGUCAUAACUCUGGAUCACUGCCAAGUCAGUAAAGAAGUCUGCCAAGCUACAGAUAUCAUCAUGUGUCCUGUGUGUGAUAAAUACUGUCCAUUCAUGAGGUUGUCAGACAGCUGUGUUUAUGCCAAGGUAACUCAUCUUUUUGACAAUGGAGCCACCGUCUUCUUUGCUGUUUUCAUGGCAGUCUGGGCGACAGUUUUCCUGGAGUUUUGGAAAAGACGGAGAGCAGUAAUUGCUUAUGACUGGGAUUUGAUAGACUGGGAAGAAGAGGAGGAGGAAAUACGGCCCCAGUUUGAAGCCAAGUAUUCCAAGAAAGAGCGGAUGAAUCCCAUUUCAGGAAAGCCAGAACCAUAUCAAGCAUUUGCAGAUAAAUGCAGCCGACUCAUUGUUUCUGCCUCUGGAAUAUUUUUUAUGAUCUGCGUGGUGAUCGCCGCCGUGUUUGGGAUCGUCAUUUACAGGGUGGUGACUGUCAGCACUUUUGCUGCCUUUAAGUGGGCGUUAAUCAGGAAUAACUCUCAGGUUGCAACCACAGGGACUGCCGUGUGCAUCAAUUUCUGUAUCAUCAUGCUGCUGAACGUGCUCUAUGAAAAAGUUGCACUUCUUCUGACGAAUUUAGAACAGCCUCGUACAGAGUCCGAGUGGGAGAACAGCUUCACCCUGAAAAUGUUUCUUUUUCAGUUUGUCAAUCUGAACAGCUCCACGUUUUACAUCGCGUUCUUCCUUGGAAGAUUCACAGGACACCCAGGUGCCUACUUGAGGCUGAUAAACAGGUGGAGACUAGAAGAGUGCCACCCUAGUGGAUGCCUUAUUGAUCUCUGUAUGCAAAUGGGUAUUAUAAUGGUGCUAAAGCAGACCUGGAAUAAUUUCAUGGAACUUGGCUACCCGUUAAUUCAGAAUUGGUGGACUAGAAGGAAAGUAAGACAAGAACAUGGGCCUGAAAGGAAAAUAAGUUUCCCACAAUGGGAAAAGGACUACACCCUCCAGCCAAUGAAUGCCUAUGGACUCUUUGAUGAAUACUUAGAAAUGAUUCUUCAGUUUGGAUUCACAACUAUCUUUGUGGCAGCUUUCCCCCUAGCACCACUUCUGGCCUUACUAAAUAACAUAAUUGAAAUUCGACUUGACGCUUACAAAUUUGUCACACAGUGGAGGCGACCUUUAGCUUCAAGGGCCAAAGACAUAGGCAUUUGGUAUGGAAUUCUUGAAGGCAUUGGAAUUCUCUCUGUUAUUACCAACGCAUUUGUCAUCGCGAUCACAUCUGACUUUAUCCCUCGCUUGGUGUAUGCUUACAAGUAUGGACCUUGUGCGGGCCAAGGAGAAGCUGGGCAAAAAUGCAUGGUUGGCUAUGUGAAUGCCAGCUUGUCUGUGUUCCGGAUUUCUGACUUUGAGAACCGAUCUGAGCCUGAGUCUGAUGGCAGUGAGUUCUCGGGGACUCCACUCAAGUACUGUAGAUACCGAGACUACCGUGACCCUCCUCAUUCACUGGUGCCCUAUGGCUACACACUGCAGUUCUGGCAUGUCCUAGCAGCCCGACUGGCUUUUAUCAUUGUUUUUGAGCACCUCGUGUUUUGUAUAAAGCACCUCAUUUCAUAUCUGAUCCCAGACCUCCCAAAAGAUCUAAGGGAUCGAAUGAGAAGAGAGAAGUACUUGAUUCAGGAGAUGAUGUAUGAAGCAGAACUGGAGCGUCUCCAGAAGGAACGGAAGGAGAGGAAGAAAAAUGGAAAAGCACACCACAAUGAGUGGCCGUGACCAGGUAACGGUUUGUUUCCAAGCCAAGGACCUGAACUCUGUUUACUCCUCCCGGCUGUGCAAAAGCACAUUCCAGUGAAUGACUAAAAUGCAACCGCAGUGCAUGUCGCCGACGUUGGCAGCAGCAGGGGGGGUGGUCAGCACCCUUAAAGGACUGCCUGGGAAACCACGCUGCUGUGAAACCACGUUGCAGCCCAGCACACAAAUGCUCUCUGUCCCUACACCAUUCUUGACCAAGCAAGCAUGCACAUCAUGGGCAGUUCCAUUCUCAAGUUUUUAAAACCAAGGGGAACUUGUAUAUGGGGCCUGUUUUUCAGCCUGUUUGCUACCUUUUUUGCAUUCUGUCCCAUGUGAAUUUUACAGACACUGGGCUAAAAAGGGUAUUCGGACACUCACUUGGACACACAUUCCUAGAAUGUCAUCAUGUGGUCCUUAUUCCACGUCACCAAACAAGACCCUGUUUACAACUUUUUCUUUUUUUUUUUUAAUUUCAGAUCUUUCUGAGGAGAUUAUUAUAUAUGACAUAUCUAUAGCUAUGUGUAUGGCCAUAGAUGUAUUUCUGUGUGUACAUAUGUAUAGUCAUGUAUUCUUACAUAUGUACAGACAAAUACAGAGAUAUAUAAAGUACAUAGAACUUCCUUACUUGUAAAUAGCCAAAAGGUACUGACAUGAAUGAUGGAUUUUCACAUUUAAAUAGUCAUCAACAUGAAGCCAUGAUUAAUGCUUGUAUAAUGUGAUGCAAUAAAAUUUCAAAUAAAUUUAUGCACAUGGAAUAUUUUUAGCCGGGUCUUCUGAAAUUCUGUUGUAUUUUCUUCUCAUAGAAUAAGUGGAAUCUUAGAGUACUAUCUUUAAGGAAAGUCUGUCAUUCCCAAACACUCCUAAGAAAUCACUUCAUCCUUCAGAGAGACUACAUUUUUUACAUUUUUUUUCCUAACCCAUCUUUUCCAUGUUGCUUCCAUGCUACCUUCUUUGGGUACCAAGCUAAGUAGAAGUCACUCAUAAUAGUUGGAAGAUGCCCCUGGUGCACUCUGCUGAGGAAAUAUGAGCUACAACCAAUGAUACUUAUGAUGCUUUUGAUUCCCUUGCCUGCUAGUAAGCUCUGCUAAUCCUAGCAAAGGGACUGUCCAGGAGGGAAAGGACAGGGGUUGGAGGAGCAAAAGGGGAGAGUGUUUCUAAGCAAUGUCUAUUAUUGGAAAGUUGUAAUUACUCUUCUUCCAGAGACUGUAGAACUUGCCCUUGAAUUAUGUCAUCACCUUGCCUAUGCCAGUCAGUCGGGAAAAGGGGAGUGCACCCAUUAUCUUAUUCAUCAAACUCUGUUUCAUUUUGGCCAUAGGUUCACAUGCUGAUGGAUUCCCAAAGACCUUAGAUAUCCCCUUAUAUGAGAAGAAUUGGUCAGAGUGGCUUUGGGCAGGCUACAACUUCAGCUGUUUCAUAGUUCCAUCUUACAGUACUCUUUCUAACCUGCCAUUCCUGAGAGUGAAAUACAGUUAACCCACAGAUUUAAACUGCAAGAGUCCUUUAUAAGCAAGUUUUUAUUUUCCCAAUAAAUACGUACUACAGUACUACAGGACCUGCACUAGGUUGAAUCCAUGAACCAUGGACAUGGGGGGCCAACUAUAAAGUUAUAUGUGGAGUUCCCAUCAUGGCUUAGUUAGAAAACUUGA